AUGGCGAUCUCCGAGCUCCUCCCAGGCCUGACGGUCAGCAUCCAGAUCAACGGUCGAGAACUCCCGGAGUAUCGAGACGAGGAUAUCCAAGACCCAGAGCGUACUACAAGCUACCUGAUUGAGGCUGUAGCUGACAGUAUCUUUGAGAUUCAUGCCCGUGCCAAUCCGCAAGCCAUUUUCGCAGGCUCUUCACUGGCUAUCCAGUUCUAUGUCGACGGCAAGUACGUUGAUGGCACACUGAUCGAUGCAGAAGACGUCAGCGAGACUGGUGACAGUGCGAAAAGCCAAGGUCGCUAUGUAAGCAACGACAUGUUGAGGAAAUACCAGUUCGCCUCGCGAGAGCAACAGAUUGAGAUUGUGGAACGACAGAGUAACUCGUUAUCCUCACGUGGUCGUCUUUCGGGACGGUCCAGUGCAACGCCAAGUGUGAGCUACACUGGCUACAAGACUUACACUGGUCCUGGGAAUACCGGCUACACUGCAAGAUACCCUCUGGAGCCGACAUCUGCUGUCCACUCGGAGAAAACUUCCUUCGGCACCAUGACUGGGCCGUCCUACAGUCUUGCGGCUUCGUCGAAUGCUGCAGUCGCUGGCAACUCUACUGGGGCUGUCUCAGCAGGCAGCAAUCCCCCCAUCACCUUGAACAGCACGAUUCCGUUGCCCGAUACAAACUUGAACGCGAGCACUACUGCUGGUGCUCAAUGCAACGAUCUGGAGGAGCUGGGCACAAUCAAGGUCGUGGUUUGCCAUGUCAACAAGAAGCAACCUGUAGACUUCGGCAGAAGCUCAUCGGCUACGUCCAAAAUCAGCGAUAACAUUCAGAAAGCUAUCAAGGACAAAGCUGGAGGUUUGCUAGUAAGAUUCACGGCACCUCAGCACGUGGCGCCAGUGACGACCUGGGAUGUCGACCCUGCGAAUGAUACCGGCGACUCAUCGGUGACCUACAUCUAUCAUUAUCGCACUCGCGAAAUGCUCGAGGCUUUGGACGUGAUUCCAAAUGAUGCUCGAAUCUUGCCUCUUCCACUGCGAGCAAAGAAGCUGGAGACUGUGGAGGAGCUUCAUGAGCACGCAGGUGGACCAAAUUUUGCCGGACAAGACGAUGUCGAUAUGCAGGGUGGUGAGGAUCAGGAUACUGACAGCGGAAGCCGAGGCAUGCUGUCGGCCGAAGGCGAGGACUGGGACGUUGUUUAUAAGGACGAGGCGAGUGGUACAUCUGGUCGUUGA